AUGGUGAUGAUUGUUAAGCCCGUUGUGACCAUGUUAAAAUCCAAGCAAGCUGCCAUCAAGCGCAUGGUCUUGGUCACCAUGAUGAUGUGGCUGCCUCUUCCGACCCUCAACACUCAGGAAUGCAAGGAAGGAUGUUUCCGGGCAGCAACGUUGUCAGACGUUGCCCCCCCCCCUGUUCUCCAAGUUAUCCGAAACCGGCCCAACGAUAAGAGCGAAGAUGGCAAUCAGUUCUUCUCAUCUCGCGGUGACGGAGACUCAAGGUCGGACUAG